AUGGCCGCGUCCCUCAUCGCGCUCGCCGUGGCGCUCCUCCUCGGCGCCAGCUCCCGGGUCGACAACGGCGCGGCCGCCGCCCCCGUGACCGAAGAGGGGCUCGAGAUAACGUACGGGAGCACGUUGAAGCUGAUGCACGAUAAGACGAAGGUGAGGCUCCACUCGCACGACGUGGCCUACGGCUCCGGCAGCGGCCAGCAGUCCGUCACCGGCUUUCCCCAAACCGACGACUCCAAUAGCUACUGGAUUGUGAAACCUACUCUUGAUUCAUCAGCUAAACAAGGUGAUGCCAUUGAAACUGGCAGCAUCGUCAGGUUGCAACACAUGAGGACAAGGAGAUGGUUGCAUAGCCACUUGCAUGCUUCACCAUUAUCUGGUAACCUAGAGGUUAGCUGUUUUGGAGACGAUGGGCAAUCAGAUACCGGCGACUAUUGGAUGCUAGAAAUUGAGGGAAAGGAUAAGGUAUGGAAGCGGGACCAGAAAGUAAGACUACGGCAUGUUGAUACUGGAGGCUAUCUGCACAGUCACAACAAGAAGUACAACAGGCUUGGGGGUGGGCAGCAGGAGGUCUGUGGUGUCCGAGACAAGCGAGCUGAGAAUAUUUGGUCGACCGCAGAAGGUGUUUAUCUCCCAGUCAGCGGAAGCAAGUGAAAUCAAGCAUUCUUGUGCGUUUUCCUGUUUUCCAGCGAGUUUUAACACAGCUGACAUUUGUUUUUGUAUCUUCAUGCUUUUAAUUCUAGCAACGAACUUGACACCAGAGUGAUAUAUUGAAUAUAGAAGAUCUGAUGCACACAAACCAAGAAAUUUACAAACGAACACUAGGUUCGAUUAUACUAAUACUUUUAUCUUC